AUGCAGAAAGCCAAUACUCUUCUGCGGAAGCUCAAUACGGACCAAGGGCAUUCAUUUGGUGCUUGGCAGACAUUCGCUGGUGCGCAUCUGGCAAGGACUCUAUCUCGAACUGGUGUCGACUGGGUCUUGAUAGAUUGCGAACAUGGCAACAUUGGUGAUAACGAGAUGCACGACGCGGUUCAUGCCGUUGCAUCAUGCGGCGCGAGCCCCAUUGUUCGCAUUCCUGAAAACCAGGGAUGGAUGGUGAAGCGGGCUCUUGAUGCGGGAGCACAUGGCAUCCUUGUCCCAAUGUUGCACUCGGUCGACGAUGCAAAGAAAGUGGUGCAAAGUGCUAAAUUUCCACCUCGAGGAAAGCGAGGUUUUGGCAGUCCCUUCUCGGUUGGCGCCUUCAACACAAAGCCUCCACUCAGUGAUUGGGACUAUUUGACGACUGCAAACGACAGCCUCUUGACGAUCGUCCAGAUUGAGACGCAGGAAGCGCUGGACUGCGUGGAAGAUAUCGCGAAGGUUGACGGUAUUGACGUGGUCUUUGUGGGACCAUUCGACCUCGGCAACAGCAUUGGCCACCCCAUCCGAGAAAACUACGCUCCAGAACUAGAACAAGCUAUUGCUCGGAUAUUGAAGGCUGCACAGCAAGCUGGAAAGAAGUCUGGCAUCUUCUGUGCGGAUGGAGAUAUGGCCAUGAAGUACGCGAAUAUGGGUUUCCAGAUGAUCUCGGUUGCGGACGACUUUUCAAGCAUUUCAAAAGGCGUUGAGACUGAACUGUCCAAGAUUAAACACGCGUCCUCGGUUGAUCGGAGCAAGUUAUAG